CUGAUUUUGAUGAACCCAAAAGGUACAAACAUCGAUGGUUUCCUUUUGGAAGACCCGCAAGAUGGCAAGCAACGUCUUGUAAGGAACGAGGAUGUGAGCGCUUCGAGUGACCAAGUACUUUCCACUGAUAUUAAGCCACUAUGCGGAGGUUGUUCUCGUUCAGGAGUUUCCGUUGAAAAAGAAGUUAAGACCACAGUUUCGCAACACAAAAAGCGAAGAAGAGUUUUGAGAGUAGUUAGUAUCAGCUGCACGCAUUGUAGGCAAGCGAAGCAAGCCUGUGAUGACUUUCGCCCUUGCAGGAGGUGUGUGAGACUUGGUCUUCAAGCUACCUGCGUCGAUGCACCGUCUUCAAGGCCACGUCGUUGUCGAAAACCAACUAGCUCUUUUCAGGUCUCAAAUAUACAUUCAAUAUUUCAGAGAAAAGGGAGUAAUUCUGUUUUCGAACCAGACUCUGACCAGAAUGACCGGCAAAACGAAACUUACUUCGAUCACUCCUGCCCAAGUCUCGAACACGAGACUAGUUGUUCUUCUUUCAAUCACGUUGAUUUUUCCGAAACGAUACAAAUAGAAGGAGGUACUUCCCCUGGACAAGAUUUGGAAGCUCGUUGGUUUCAAAGCUCUAUAGCUGAAGAGAGGGUUUCAACUUUAUUUAUCCCUGUAGAUUGUUUGACUAGAGGAAAGCCUAUAACAUCUGUAAACUUAGAUUGCGAACAGGUUUCAAAUAGGACUAUUCUUGAAGAAGCUUCUGGUAGUGACACACUUGUUCACUGGAGACCGCUCUACUCUUAUGGAUCAAGUAAGGAGACAGUUGAUGAAGAUUGUUUUCCUUUUAUGAAUUCAGAAAAUCUGUUAAGUACAAAUAGUGACCACUGCAGUGAUGAGGAAAAUUACUCGGAUCUUAUAUACUCACUUUCUAAGAAAGAAGGUCUCAUCUUUGUCACAGGAAGGAUUUGGGAUAUCAUGGUUUCUUGGGAUCAGGAAUUACAGCAUAAAGUUGAAAAUGUAGAGGAUGAACAAAUUUUAGAUUUGGCCAAAUCUGAAGUAUUAUUUUACUUUGUGGCUAAAAGUAUUGAGAGAUAUGUUCAGUUUUUCUCUUCGAAUGUGCAGGACUCUCCUUAUUGCAGCCUCUUUGCAUUAAAUGCUGCAAUUCAGUCUUUGGAUAGUUCAAGUGAACAUUUUGCCCAAAGAAUGGUUUCUUUACUACCUCCCAAGUCCCCAGUUUUAUCUAAUGACCAGCAAGAUUUGUUUUUAGAGUCAGUUCCUAUUGCGACUCUGAAAAUGAGUGUGUCUUUGGAUGAUUCGUGGCAUAAAAUCUUAUACGUAAAUGGCGAGUGCUGUGAUUUGUUUGGCACCACUAGACAAACGUUGAUAGAGCUUCUUAGUGACCCUUCUUCGUUGCAUGUUAUCUUUGUAGAUAAUGGGUGGUUUGUGGAACCUUUGAAGACGUUAUGCAGUCUUCGCAAAGGAAUCCUGAAGAGAAAGAGCACAUUCAGACUACGCUCACUUCGAAACGAAAUUUUAGAUUGUCUUGUUAGUACUUCCUUUGGAACGGAUUCUGACUGGUUGCCCAAAUAUAUCAUUUUCUACAUUCAGAGUUUCCACAAGUUGGGAAACAUAGGAACACACGAAACUUCGAAGGAAUCUACCAAAUGUUCUUCGAAAGAAAAGCAGCAAACUGAUCAGGUCUACUCUGCUGGAACAUCAGCUCGCGACAGCAUUUCAUUUCCAAUGUCCAUGUCACGUUUGGAUUCUGUUCAUAGUGAUUCAACAUCCACAUGUUGUCCAAUAGACAAGGUUCAAGCUAGUACAUUUCAUAACUGUAAUCAAUUUAUCACCUCAGUAUUUGGAGCGCUAGGUGUUGCAUUAGUGUGACAUUAUCAAAAGCAUGAAAAUUUAUUUCCAUAGUUCAACGCAAGCAUCUCAUUUGAU